AUUAAAUUUUAUAUGAGUACUAUAUCAAAGCUUAGAGCCAAAAGAAAUCUAAUAACUAUUGUAUUUUAAAUCUAAUUUUAGAGUGAUAAAGCAGCUGAAAGAAUUACUGAACUUAUGAAAUAAUAGAAUAAUCCUACAAUUAAUGCAGUUAAAAUAGGAGUGAGAAAACGAGGUUGUAAUGGAUUGUCUUAUACAAUGAAUUAUUGUUCUGGACCAGAUAAAUUAGAUGAAGUUAUUGAAUCUAAAGGUCUUCAUUUUCAUAAAAACAUAGGUGUCAAAGUUAUUGUUGAUUCCAAAGCAGUCAUGGUCUUGGUUGGAACGGAAAUGGAUUAUGUUGAAGAUGACAUUAAAAGUGAGUUCGUUUUCAAGAAUCCAAAUUAGAAAGGCCAAUGUGGUUGUGGAGAGAGUUUUCAUAUUUGAC